CUGUUUCGACUCAGACGUUGCCCAGUUGUCGAUCGGUGAAGAAGAUCGGCGAGUGCGAGAGAAUCCCAGUCCGAAUCCGAAACCGAAAUCGAAAAACAAAAACUGGUCAAGAACCUAACGCCGAAUCAUAAACAAAUCAACUCCAAAGUUCAAUCGCAAAUGCCCAGAUAAAAAUAUGUGGAAGGUUCUACUUAUUUGUGUGGUGAUGAGUGCUCUGAAUGAAGAGUCAUCGGGAGCAAAAACGGCUCCGACCCGCAGACGACGAGCAUAUGCCGGCGGUUACGCCGGAGGGUAUGCCAGCAGUGGAGGAGGAGCCGGUGGCUAUACGGGAAGCUAUAACAGUGGCGGUGGACACAGCAGCUAUGUGGGUACCGGUGGUGGUGGCGGUAGUGGCUAUUACGAUUACGAUGACUAUGGCGGCACUUCACCCAACUUUGGCAUCAUCGAUCCGUAUCUAUUCCACCAGCAGCUGACGAAUCAUAUUUUGGCCCAGAACUUCGCCAACCAACAAGCUAUAACUGGUCUGGCCACGGCUGGCAAUGCUUAUGCAUCCGCGGAUGCAUCUCUUGUCAACGACAACGAUAUUCGCAUCCAGCAACAGAUCGCCGCUCAACAGGCCUACCACGACAAUCUAGUGCGCCAGAAUCGGUACAGAGGAGGCACCAGCUCUAGCUUCAGUUCCAGCUCUGGAUCCGGGUCUGGAUCUGGAUCGGGAUCCUACAACUCACAUCGCUAUGCACCCAGCUAUGCAUCAGCUUCCGGAUCUAUCGGUUCCAAUGGCUAUCGCCAGACGGCCUUCAUUAGCCCAUCCAAUCCGGCCUCUCCCAACAUUGUGAAUCGCUUUGGCGGCGGAAGCGGUGGUGGAUCCUCGUUCUCCAGCUCCAGCAGCUCCGGAGGAGGUGGUGGCAGCGGUGGUGGCUACAAGGGCGUCUCGGUCUCGUCCUUCAGCCACAGCAACGGAGACGGAACCAGUCGACGUGGAGCCCAGACCACGGUCAACGACAACGGAAAGAUCACCUCGUAUUCGGUGCACUCCUAGAAAGAUCGGCGGAGACCCUCCACUGGUGGCUAGGCUAACAUUUACUCCGGUCUGACAAAGCAAACCGCUUCCAUUGAAUAUGUAUAAAAUAUAAAAAUAAUAUACGUGUAUUUUAUUGUC